CUUUACUCCCAGACGCGUCUUCUCGUCGCGUCUCCCAACCAUCACCAUGACCCAACGUCGCCUAGUCCGUCGACAAAGCUCACUUGCAGCAGCCAAGAAGAUUUUGGCGCAAGCCGACAGCGAGCCAGAUGUUGAAAUCAAGAAGCCGGCGUCUAGAUCACGCUCGGUAGCAACCAGAAAGUCUGCGCCUGUAUCACCACCAGCAUCAAAAGACGCGUCGGAGGAAGACUUCAACCCAAAUCUCCAAGACGACAACGACGAUGUAAAGGACAUUACCGAGCCACCGCUAAAGAGGCGCAAAAUCGAGAAGAACCCAAAGGCCCGAAAAGCAGACACUGCGAAGCUCCAUGCGAGACUCUUUGGUCCACUACAGCAGCAGUCGGCAACGCACGAUGCCUUCUGCUCGCCUGCGGCAUCAAGGACGCACGCGUCUUCCUACCACCGUCCUCUCCUCCUAGACGGCCAACCAGGCCGGCGCGGGCGUGACGCUCUCCUGAGCUGGUUCGACUCCAUCAGCACAACCCGCGGCAUGCCAUGGCGCAAGCCCUGGAUCGACCCUGCAAAAACCUUGCCAAACGACGCCGCCGACCUCCGCAGCGCCCUCGAAAAGCGCGCCUAUGAAGUCUGGAUCAGCGAAAUCAUGCUCCAGCAGACCCGCGUCGCCGUAGUAAUCGACUACUGGAACAGAUGGAUGGCCCGCUGGCCCACCAUCCAGGACCUCGCGGCCGCCGAACCUGAAGACGUGCUGAGCGCCUGGCGCGGGCUGGGCUACUACAGCCGCGCCACGAGGAUCUACGAGGCGGCGAAGCUGGUCGUCGCGGACCCGGCUUGGCGCGGUCUGAUGCCCUCCGACACGGCCGAGCUCGAGGCAAAAGUUCCCGGCGUGGGGCGGUACACGGCCGGUGCUGUUGCUGCUAUUGUGUUUGGCGAGGCGGCGCCCAUGGUUGAUGGGAAUGUGCUUCGCGUGUUGAGCAGGCAGCUGGGGUUGUAUGGGAACGCGAAGACGGAUAAGGCUGUCAUUGACCUCCUCUGGGCAGCCGCAGAUGCGCUUGUCAAGGCCGUAGCAAAGGACGGACCCAACGAGGAUGGUGCAGAGCUUGCUGAGAAAGCGCCGCUUAGCGACCGUCCUGGACGAUGGGGCCAGGCGUUGAUGGAACUUGGGAGCACCGUCUGCACGCCGAAGCCGAACUGCGGCGAGUGCCCCGUCACCUCCACAUGCCGCGCGUACGCAGAGGGUCUGCAAAUUGCAGCCAAGAAGUCGAGGAAGGCGGUUGAAAAGAUUGAGGAUAUUGAGGACCUCUGUUCGGUGUGCGAGCCCUUUGAAGAAGCCGCCGCAGACGAGACCACGCUCUCAGAAGAAGACUCUGAAGCUGAUACGCUCAAGCGGAAGCCGGCAAAGGGGACUAAGAAGGGCGCCAAGACGCAAUCGGGGCCAAAGCAGGCGACAUUAUCCGCCUUCUUCACCUCAAAGACGGCAAAGAAGAAGGAAGAAGAGGAGAAAGAGCAGCCCAAGCCAGCCCAGAUUGAUGCUAGAACGCUAGAGAUCGUCGCAGAACACGCUCGAAAGUUCCCACUCAAAGUGGUCAAGAAGGCAGUCAGAGAGGAAGAAGCCCUCGUCUGCGCGAUCCGGCGCGGCGAUGAUGGCCGUUUCCUGAUACACCGACGCCCGGAGAAGGGACUCCUUGCCGGGCUGUGGGAGUUGCCCAGCCACACACUGCCGUCUGCUGGCGUCUACACUGCGACCUCCCAGAAGAAGGACGCUCAGGGGUACGUCUCGGGACUCAUCGCUACUGGGGACAAGAAGAAGCCGAGGCUGAGACAUGCCGGGGAGUUGGGUAGCGUGCCGUGGCUGUUUUCUCAUCUGAAGCUUACGAUGCAUGUGCACCUCUUCGAGGUAGACGGAUCUGAAGACCUCGUCUCGUCGCAUGUGAGGCAUCGUUGGGCUACGGCUGAGGAGGUUGAUGAAGAGUCUAUGGGGACUGGGAUGCGCAAGUCCUGGGCUUUGGUGAGGGAGAGAUGUGAGUAGUCCCCUCAUAGCAUGUAUAAUUGAUGUAUCUUUUGAGUAUGGCUUCAAGGCGGAAUCGAUCGUUCGGAGAAGAUCCACCGAACCUGAUUGGAAAGGGUAUGAAAGCGAGUGGAAAAUACC